UGCUGUCGGAUUCAUUCAGGGAAUCCUCCUGAAAGUAUCCCAUACGUCGCCGUCGCUCGCGCGUAAUCGUGUGAAAGUUUGAGUUAGUUGACACAUGUUGCUGAUUAUCUUAUCUUUGCAUUGAGAACGAUAAGUAACGUCGUAAGGUUACUGGACAUCGAAAAUAACUUCACCAUCGUGCAUCAACUGUUGUAAAAAAUGGCUGGCCUCCUAAUCUACUUGUAUUUGAGGGAUUAAAAUGCUCGUACGCUACAACUUCACAUCUUUGCGUAUUAAUCUCUUAAAAUUUUUCCCCGCUUCUCUUAUAUUUAAUUUAUCAGACGAGGAUCUGGAAUUUAUUAUAGCGCAGAGAAAAAACAGAUCCUUGAUGACAGACCAGACAGACAUACUCGAAUUAGACUGUGGGGGAACUACUCUAAUAAACUUAUCAACAAUCUACGCUGAAAAUUACCAUGUCUAUUGUUCAAUAUUUGUAUGUGUCUUCGGAAGCGUGGCGAACGUAUUAAACAUAGUGGUACUAACGAGGAAAGAAAUGGCAGGUGCCCCUAUUAACCGCAUCCUUAGCGCUCUGGCUGUGGCUGAUGUGCUGCUGAUGAUAGAGUACAUCCCUUUUGCUUACUAUUACGACGAUGAAAGGGGAAAGCAAAAUUUUUGUUACUAUGGAGCUGUUUUUACGUUAUUUCAUAUCAACUACAGUCAAGUGUUGCAUACAAUUUCCGUAUGUUUGACCCUGUCGUUGGCUAUUUGGAGGUUUCUUGCUAUUGGGUAUCCAAAACGGAAUCACCAACUAUGCUCGAACGCAAGAUGUACCCUAACAAUUUGGAUCUGCUACAUACUACCCUUAUUUCUCUGCAUUCCUGCAUACUACAUCUUUGACAUAUCCACUAUUGUUUUAAAAGAAAAUGAUCAGAACGUUACCUUAUAUCACACUGAUCUAAAAGAAGAUGUAAAGAAAAAUAAAACACUUCUUAAAAUUAAUUUUUGGUUAUUUGCAGUUUUAAUAAAAUUACUACCCUGCUUUAUAUUAACAAUAAUAAGCCUAUGGUUAAUCAAAACCUUAUUCGACGCUAAAAAGAGAAGGCAGGUUCUUAGAGGAUAUGAUUGUUUCCCUCUGACUGUAGAUGGGAAAGAAAUGAAAAGAAAAGGCAACAAAGCAGAGAGGCGAUCAGAUCGAACAACGAAGAUGUUAGUAGCAGUUCUCUUACUGUUUCUCAUCACUGAAUUUCCGCAAGGGAUAUUUGCCUUGCUUAUUGGUAUCAAAGGCCAUGAUUUAUUUCUUCAGUGCUACCAACAGUAUGGAGAAAUUAUGGAUAUCAUGGCUCUCACCAACGGAUCCAUAAACUUUAUUUUAUACUGUUGUAUGAACAGAAUGUUCAGAAUGACGUUUAAUCAAUUAUUUAGACCAAAAAUUUUAAACAGGUUGGCUGGUAACACGUCAGAUGUGCCCACGACUGCCCAACGGAACCAAUACAACGACGCUGUGAACUGCGGCAUCGAAAUUACGAAACUGUGAAAAGACUUUGAUACUUAUUGUGUAAUGUGUUGUUUAUAUACUUUUAAAUGUUAGAAAGUAACGAAUUUUAUAACUGUUUAUAAAUAUUUGUCAUAAAAUACGCCUAUUGUCUCAAAAGGAACGUAACCGUAUCUUUCGAAAUUAUAUUGUGAUUUUCAUGACCGAAU